AGAACCUACUGCUCGGACAUUCCUCGUCUUUUAGUAGUACCACAUAGUUAGUUAUAAUCUUGCCAGUGUUGGACAGUUUUGUGAAAAUGGCUCAAGUGUUAAAGAAAUUAACUACCCAGGUGCUCAAGCCUAAUAAUGUAGACACGAUCGUUGGUUGUACAGGCCUUAGAGCCAGCAGCACCUGGUGGAACAAUGUUCAGAUGGGUCCGCCAGAUGUAAUCUUAGGCAUUACAGAAGCAUACAAGAAGGACACACAUCCUAAAAAAGUAAAUCUUGGGGUUGGAGCAUAUAGAGACGAUGAGGGAAAACCAUUUGUUUUGCCUUCUGUCAGAAAGGCAGAAGAAAUUCUUCACAGUAGAGGACUCAACCAUGAGUAUGCUCCCAUUAGUGGUGAGGCCACAUAUACUGAUGCUGUAGCUAAACUUGCUUUUGGAGAAGACAGUCCUGUCAUCAAAAAUAGGAGCAACUGUACUGUACAGACAUUGUCCGGCACUGGCGCACUCCGACUCGGACUCGAGUUCAUAACGAAACACUACGCUAAGGCAAAGGAGAUCUGGCUCCCGACGCCUACUUGGGGAAACCACCCGCAAAUCUGCAACACCCUCAACUUGCCGCACAAGAAAUACCGUUACUUCGAUCCCAAGACCAAUGGUUUCGAUUUGCAGGGAGCACUCGAGGAUAUAUCAAAAAUUCCCGAAGGUUCCAUUAUUCUGUUGCACGCGUGCGCACACAACCCCACCGGUGUUGACCCCAAGCCCAGCGACUGGGAACAACUUUCCAAGGUGAUCAAAGAAAGGAAAUUAUUCCCGUUCUUCGACAUGGCGUAUCAAGGUUUCGCCACCGGUGAUGUCGACAAUGACGCUUUCGCAGUCCGUCUCUUCGUCAAGGAAGGACACCAAGUCAUGUUGGCGCAGAGUUUCGCUAAGAACAUGGGUCUGUACGGAGAGCGCGCGGGCGCCCUGACCUUCCUGUGCGGCGACGAGGCGACGGCCGCCAAGGUGAUGUCGCAGGUCAAGAUCAUGGUCCGCGUCAUGUACUCCAACCCUCCGCUGUACGGCGCCCGCCUCGUGCAGGAGAUACUCACCAACGCCGAACUCAAAAAGCAAUGGCUCGGAGACGUAAAGCAGAUGGCGGACCGGAUCAUCACGAUGCGGAGCCAGCUCCGCGCCGGCAUCGAGGGCGCCGGCAACCCGCACCCCUGGCAACACAUCACCGACCAGAUCGGCAUGUUCUGCUUCACCGGACUCAAGCCCGAGCAGGUCGAGCGUCUGACGAAAGAGUUCCACGUGUACCUGACGAAAGACGGACGCAUUUCCGUCGCCGGCAUCUCCUCGCAAAACGUGAACUACAUCGCCGAGGCCAUCCACAAGGUCACCUCAUAAACAGAAUCCACGCACCGACGGACGUAUCAAUUUAUAGUUUUAUAUUAAUCGUUGUACCGUAAAGAACACAGUAUUUAUUUGAAACAAUGACUUAUUAAGAACCCAAACCUUUUAAAGGUUUUUGUUAACCUUUUUUAUUCUAUAGCUACGCAAGCACAAAUCGUGAUUCGGAUAGCGUUGUUAUGUAACAAUAAUUAUUGUAUCGUUUUUAGUUCUAAAAAUAUAAUAUAAAUCGUAAUAUUUUC